UGGCAUUUCCCGGGCAUAUACGAUGGCUAAAUUCACAUGUGUGCUUGCUUCACCCUAGGUACGCUGAAAAAGCAUUGGUUUCCGACGAAAACCGCCACUGUUUUCAUGACUGACAUGGCGUCAUUGCCUAUGGUGGCCAUAACGAAUUGUUUACAAAGAAAACCUUCCAACAUCAUGUUUCAAAUGACCCCCGCGUUCUCCAAGAAUAAAGCAAGGUUUAAAUAGCCAAACAGUUGCCAUGACACCGCUAGUUUCCGAUUCCUAUCCAAGCUCCAGACCAAGCUGGAUCAGGAAUUCACUGCGGGAAGUAUGAUUUAUUGAUCAGUUCGUGAUUGGCGCUAUGCGUCUAUACACGAGGAGGGUAAUUGUCAUAGUGAUGCGGGAGUCGGGAACACUGGAUGACUACUGUUUGAGGGAUAACAUGUAUUUAAUUUUAGCCUCCAACGAUGACAAAACAAGUCCAACGAAAGAAGAAGGGACCAUUUCAAGGGAACACGUAUGACGUCACGAUGACCACUGAUAGUGACGUCACACCAUUACCUCUGGGGGUCAAGGAUGAAUUACUAGAUGCAGAACUCGGUGCCGCAUUGGGAGGGACGCUCUCCUUGAUCACGAUUGUGACAAUCUCAGGGAAUACUGCACUUCUGGUAAUCCUCCUAAAAACAACCGCGCUCCGGACUAUGACGAAUUCUUUCAUAGUGUCCUUGGCAAUGAGCGAUUUACUGACAGGAAUUUUCGUGAUGCCUUUCUGUGCAGCCGCAAUAAUGACCGGAAGUUGGCCUUUUAUUUCCGGUUACUGUGAAGUCACCGGAUUCAUUCACAGUGUAUGCUCAAUAGCGACAGUUUUGAAUAUUAUGAUGGUGUCUUCGGAUAGAGUCCUCGCGGUCGCGAAACCCCUGAAGUACUCCCUUUGGAUGACGCCCACUGUAGCGGGAAUUAUGAUUGCGUACGUCUGGCUACAGAGUAUUAUAUUCAGUGCUGUUCCUUUUUGCAGUUUCAGCCACUACACGUACGGGAGAGCAAAAGGAUUCUGCGCAUUUGACUGGAGUAGCGGGUCGAACUUUGUUUUGUCGUAUGCCUUAGUCUGUUUACUCAUGCCCGCUUUGAUAACUUUUGUAUUCCUCCUCGUGAUUAUAAAACAUGCCAAAUCCCGUCCGAGUCUCAUGAGCCUCAUGCCCGUCCCCGUGGCGGCCGUGUCUGUAGUCGUCCAUUCGCAACCAAUGGUGAACUACAGACGAAGUACAAUCCAAGCAAUGCGGACUCUUUUUAUCAUCACAGUUGUUGUAGCUGUCUUAUGGACGCCUCAAAUCACUGUGAACAUUUUUGACAUCCACAAAUCCCCUGAUGUCUCUGAGAGCUUUCGGACUAGUGCCAUGUGGUUGUGCCUCAUGUCUAGUAUGACAAAUCCGCUGAUAUUUCUCAGCAACCGAAAAUUCAAAGAGAAAUUCAAGGAGGUGUUCUGCAGGUGUCUUUUGAAGCGUUCGAAUAUUGUCGGAGUGGACGCCAGCGUUACGCAACAUACUGCAAGCACCGCAUUGCCUUAUACGUCUCAUUUCGAACACAGUAACGUAUUCUCCAAAGCCACGCCGUCACAAGCUAACAUACCCGAAGAAGAAGUCUAUCGCAGGGUGUCUUUUUGCGAGCCGCAAGUGAGGAUAGGCAUCAAGACGGAACUGUUACUGGCAGUGCCGAACCGCUGCGGGAAGUCUGGUGUCCCCAUAGCAAAGGUCGAGCCAAUGCUGAUACCGCGAAAGCUCAGCACGGAGGAAAUACGGAGGCUCAGUACAGAAACAUUGCGGAGAUCCAGCGACGUAAGACGGCCAAGCGAUAUCAUACGACGGCCGAGUGAUAUCAUAAGACGGUCAAGUGACAUAAGACGGCCGAGUGAAAUAAGACGAGGGAGUGACGCAAGUCGAGCAGCCGCUCGCGCAAUGUCGCCUACCCAACUUAUCCAAUCCUACCAUAUGGACAUUGAGUCCUCUCUGACGAAUGAGUCCACGUCCACGACAGACGGGUUCCCGCCCGUUGUGCUGUCGGUGACGCCCCAGUUACAUGCUAUCCCUGCCGACAUGGCGGAGGAUAUCAACAAUGACAUGAUCUGAAAGUGACUGGAUCCGAACGCCCAAAGUUCUCCGCAAUGCGGCACGUCCACAUGAACGCCUAUCCCAAUGUUCGACUUAAAUCAGGAGGUCAUACAAUGAGAUAGGCGUUCACUGACGUUGGCGUUGGUACACAUUCUUGAUGUUUCUGCCCGGAGCUCCAAAAAAAUUCCUCAUAUCCCCAAUGGUCAAAGCCAAGAGAAGUUAUAGUGGCAUUUUUAGAGUGAAUAUCACUGAGCAACACAAGAGCACAACAGGCAUUCCGAGAACUCGAAUCAGGUCAGGUUGCUUUGAGAACGUCGCAGGCUGCACUCGCCGCUGGCGAGAAACUUCUCGCAUGGCGGACGAACUCGGGAAUCUAAAUUCUUUAGUAACCUUUAAAAAUAUCUGAAGUCAACUUCACUGCUAAACCUACCCGGGGCGCCAAUCGGCACAGACAUUAUUUGAUUAUUGUCCACAGUUCAUUGUACAUGUAUAAUUUAUCUAUUGCCGUUGCACAUGUGCGUCGCUUGUCAAUUUACACUCCUAAGGUGUUUUGCCGUCGGACUAAUGACAAGAUACAGUCAACUGUUUUGCCCAUCGUCUUAAUAAUGACAGGAUAGGAAAGUGUGAAAUGUCUAACUAAGGCCCUCCAUCUUACUAAGAGUGGUCAUAUCUAGUGUGUAUUCCAAGGUCAUUAUUAAGAAUAGUCACAGUCACAAUCUAUUAUAUGGGGUGUCCUCAAAAUGCAAAUGGUCAGUCACAAGAUGAGCUAUACGACCUUUGGCAACACACAUGACUAUCUUGCCAUUAUUAUUAUUAUUAUUAUUAUUGACUAAUUUGUCAUCAGCUUGUAUGUAAAGCCUUUGGCAACACACUUUAUUAUCAAAGCAAGUGUCUAUUACAUCAAGUAUGAUCUUGGGCAACACACCUGACUAUCUUGUCAUCAGCUGCAUGUUAUACCUCAGGCAACACACUUGACUAUUUUACCACUAGUUUGGUGUAGCACCUCAGGCAACACACUUGACACCAAUUAAGCCCAAUAAAAGAAAAACGAAACUUCUUUGCAG